UCUUCUCAACUCGAUUUAUACACACACACACACACACACACACACACACACACAUAUAUAUAUAUAUAUACAUACAUAAAGCAUUUUUCUCGUAGAUCAUAUGUUUGUAUACGUACAUACUUAGUAAUGUAUUAGUGAAGAUUAUCGCCCCGCUCAGUUUACUCUUUCAUUUCCUUUUGUUUGACACUGGUUAGCCUUGAAUCAUCAUAGUCGCCGUUACACUGGCAGUGUAAUUGCGUGUAUGCGUUCAAGAGAAUCUUAGAACAUCUUUCUCAGGUUCACAAGCAAGGUUCUUGCUUAUUAUUAACACGUGUGUGAUAUUUCUAUUCUUUUUUUUUCUUUUACUACGAGUGGACGUGUUGCUGGGAAAUUAUCGAUUUUGUCCAAAGGGGAAGAUGAAAUAUUUGUACGUCAGUUUUAUAUUUUUUGCAUAUUACUACGUGAUAUGGGGUCAGGACGUAACAUUUCCAACUGAUGAGGAGACGGCUCACGUCAGCGGUGGCAACUCCACGGUAAUAACGGAGCGUAUACCCGUAUACAUACCGGGUAGAUGCCCGAAAGAUAUGCUUUCCUAUCCGAGCGACAGUGCGAAGGACGCGUGGGUGUGCGAUUGUAGACCUCGAUUCUUGUACUUCCCGAUGAACGAUUCCUGCUAUGAAGCCUACAGACAAGGUCCUUGUCCACCCAAGAAUUAUGUCGUUCUUCCUGAGGACGAGGCCGUUCCUCGUUGCGUGGAAAAUCCUUGCUUGGAAGAUGGCAUAGUACCGUUCAAUGAUGGGUGCCAUCCUCUUAGAACAAAAGGUGGUCCGUGUGCGCCUGAGGGCGUAAUAGGAGUGAACGAAACUACCUUUCAAUUGCAAUGUGUAGAAGCAAAUAUUGCACCUUUCUUCAUAAUUGAUGGUCCCACGAGGACGUGUCCACCAGGCAGUCGUAGGAGUACACUUGGAAUAUGCAAAAAAGUUAGAUUUAGUAAAAUACAUCAGGCUGCAUCAGGAUAACUUUAAUAUAUGUAUUUUAUAUAAUAAUUGAAAUACAAAAUUAUAUGCGCGCUUUACAAUAGACAUACUUGAAGGACAUUAAAUAACAAAAUGUAGGCAUCAUAUGAUAAGUAUCUCUUACAUCUUGUAUUAUUAAUCUUAAUAUCUUGGUGGGUGGCAUAUUAUAAAUUAUAUGCAUACAUAUGUAUGUAUAUGUACAAGUAUGAUAUAUCAUAUCUAAUACAAUAGAAUAUCAGAAAAAUAAAAUAGAAGUGAUUGUUAA